AGGUUGCAAAUGUUAGUUCAGGAAUUUAAGGAACAUGUCAUCUGAAAACAGCACCUCAAGUUGUGCCUUCUAUGAUGAUGCUGAAAAGUACUGGCAGCACAUAUCCCCAACCGUUUCUGGAAUGCUUGGGGGCCAUGCAGAUGUACAUCAAGUUGAUAUUGAGGGAUCAAAUAAGUUUUUAACAGCCUUAUUUCGACAAAGGGCAAAUCUAGGUACUGAGCGUGCAUGUGAUUGUGGUGCUGGUAUAGGACGAAUAACUAAAACCUUGCUUCAGAAGUACUUCUCAGUCAUCGACUUGGUGGAACAGAAUGAAGCCUUCCUUGAUGAAGCUAGGACUAACAUCCUGAAGGACUCUACCAAAGUUGGGCAGUUUUUCUGCACAGGUCUCCAGAAUUUCACACCUGAACCGAAGACAUAUGAUGUGAUAUGGUGUCAAUGGGUACUGGGUCACCUCACUGAUGAUGACUUGUUAGCCUUCUUCACACGAUGCAAAACUGGCCUUCGAGGAAAUGGAAUACUUGUGGUGAAGGAAAAUGUGACAUCUAAUGGUGAUGUGGACUUUGACCAAGAAGAUUCAUCAGUGACAAGACCUGCAAAACUGCUCAAAGAGCUCAUCAGGAAAGCUGGAUUCAACCUAAUCAAGGAAACAAAGCAGCGCCAGUUUCCUAGUGAUUUAUAUCCAGUCUAUAUGUAUGCUGCAGCACCAAGUAACCCACAUGCUUCAUGACAGCUUUUGGUGAUGAACUCUUGGAUGUGGAUCAUUGACAUGGGAUCAUUGAGCAGUAAAAAUCUUGAUGUGUCAGUAGGAGAGCCUUGAUACUUCUGCACCUGUCAUAUACCAUUGUAGCUACAUUCUCAAUAGUAGUUAUGUGCAUUUUGUGGGG